ACAUUAUAAAAAAAAGUACGUAAAUAUAAAUAAUGUCUCAAACAGGCCGGUGGGCGGCCGGCUUCAAGUUGGCUGAUGUGACUCCUGCCAGUUCCCGCCUAACCGCUCAUUGCCAGGAUUUGUGGCUACCAGCUCAACAUUCAAAAACAACAGUAACAACUCAGCUGGAGUUUGGAGACAUAAAAAUGUCAUCUUCUCAUCGAUCGACAGAAUACAGAGAAAUGAGUACCCAACUCGAAAAAGAUAACGGUCAUAAACUAGGCGAGUGCUUCUCAAAAAAAUAAAACGGAUUCGACCAGCAGCUGGUUAUUCCAAAGCUAUUCUUUCUUGAGAGCAUUGUUAGAAUGCCAAAUGAAACACACUCUUCUUCCUUGGUACAAAUCCAGGGUUUGACUAUUGCGAAAGGAAAGCAGUAAGAAAGAAGUGAGCUACAAACACAUCUCUACCGCGGCACUGAUGUAACCGGCAGGUAUCAGACAAGUCCACUGGCCAUGCUAUAGUGGUGUCGCAAAACCUGCAAACGUUAAGAAAUUGAUGAGCAUCGGAUUGGUUCAAGACUUUACAGUGAAACAGAGAUUUAAUGUAGUAACAGGACUAGUACAAGAUAGAAUUACAAGGAGUCCAAAGAUAACACGGCCCAGCUCAAGUAACUUAUUAAUCUGUGUCCUUAAACAAGCUAUUUUCAAACGAAUUGCACAAGUGAUCGAAUGGCACCCAGAACCAUCCCCAAAUUCUAUACAGCACAAUAACAUUCAAAGUCACCUUCCCCCAUCAUUUAGAGUUCAAUGAAGCAGUAUCAAGGUACAUGUGGCUAUAACACUUCAUGACAGUAAAUUUCAAGAUGCUGGCCUACUGGUAAUACAGAAUGAACAAACAUACAACAACACUCAGCAACGAUCAAAUCUUAUGGCCAAUAUUCACCAAUUGAAACCAUUAUCAAAUAAAGGAAAGCUAUACUUAGUUCUAACCCGUAAACUCUAGCUAGCAGUGAACUUCAUCCCCCAAGUAUGCCAAGUCUUCCAUUUAACAAUUACGAGCUCACAUUGGGCAUUAAUCAAAGCACAUGAAGUCUUCUAUUUGGCAUUUAUAAUGGGCAGAGAAUGCACCCAACAAACCUUGGUCCAUGUUCAUUGUUACUAAACCAUUCCUCGAAGAGGACGCAAACACAAACUACUCAUGCCAAAUAGGUGCAUGCUUAUUUACAUUAUGCAAAUGCUAAAGUAAUCGAGUGAUCCGACAUUUUUCAGCAAGAACCGGUAAGGUGUUGUGACUACAACGCUCAUCCACAACAAUACAUAUCACGCGCUGGGAGUGUAGCAUAAAGCGCAUCCCCCCGAUAGGGGAAACAGUACCUUCUGAUAGACAGCCCCAGCUUUGGCUGUGCAAGGAUAGCAACGAAGUGAACAAUGCAGAUGAAGUGGCACUAUGCAACGGCAUCAAAGUGAGAGCACCGCCUAACUCCACAGGAAGCCUAACAAACAUCCAGCACAAAAUCGCACAUUUAGAAUCAUCUAUAUACCGUCACCAAAAAGCCACCAAAUAUAAAGAUCAAGAAAUUCCUCUCCAAGUCUCCAUCCAAUUGCUCAUUCACAACACUCUUAUCCAAUAAAUCGAGACGGCGGAACAUGAAGCAAGAAGAUUUCCAAAUCAAAUGGGAAACCUGGACUCAAAACAAUAAUUACGAAAUGCCCUCGAAUCCUUCAAAUCGAAAGAUAUUGUCCGAAAAUGAUGAGGGAAAAUCGAAAUCAAAACCUGGAGAAGGCGAGCCUAGGGUGUGAGAGCGGGGAAGAAGAGCUCGGCUUAGGAGGAGACAGCCCACUCAGCUUGGAGGCUUUCUUAGCGAAAGUAGAAGUCCUUCCAUUUCCGGCUAAGCUGGCACCGGAGAAAAGGGUCUUCGAGGAAGACGAUGAAGAGUAUUGGAAGAUUCUUCGUGCUCCACUGGCCGCCAUUCUUCCUUUCUCCACAAAUACCUGGCCGUCCUCUUUUCCCUAAACCCCCCUCCGUCUGUCUGCGGAGGUUUAGGAGGCAUCACUGACGCGAGUUCCGCUCUUCAUGGGCCAUAAAAUUGAGGUUAUGGC